AUGGCAAAGUCUCUGGAUCCUGAUGUCGUCAAGAUGACAUCCAAGUACCCGGAUUUUAGAGCACGCCAGAAAGCCGUUCGUAACAAGGAAGUAUCGCUUGCACAGUUCAAGCAACCAGUGCUCCAAGAGAACAAAGUGAACAAGACAAGAAGUUGGGAAAGCAGCUCUAAAUACCGCGCCCUUCAUGGUGUUAGUCAAGUUUCGGCCGAGAAAGCUAUUUACAGUUGUGUCUCAAGUCGAGCCGAGCGCUUUCUGAAGUGGUAUCGUAUGAGGCAUCCAAACGAAUUUGCAUUGCACGAAGAGGCUAGUCGACUGAGCCCGAUGAGAGAGUCACCAGCAAAGUCCUUGUCACCCGUGCCUCAAACUGAAAUAGUUCAAAGCAUCGAGCGAUCACCACCGCCUACAUCAUCUGCCACCAAGCAAUCACUAUCGUCGAAGACAAAAGUUCAAGAGGUUGCCAAAACGGAAGGAAGACCAAGCCCAAGCCCAAGUCCAGACCCUUCGGAAGAUGAUGACGACGAGCCUCUUACAGAGGAAGAGUAUCGGCAAGAGGUUGAAUUAGCCUGGAGAAUGCAUAAUAAUGUCAACACCCAGGGCGAUCUAAAUACCAAGCAGAAAAGAAAAUUCGAUACUUUUUAUGCCAUAAUGGCGCAGCUUAGAGGCAGUAAGCAGUGA